UACUCCGUAGUUAGAACUCGAAAUUCAACAUUUUCCAAUUUUAGGGUUUAUAGAAAAGUUAAAGUUAAAUCACUCUUUCUUCCACUUCUUCAAAAACCGCCCUCCUGCAAAUGGACGAACCCCAAACCUCCACUACUUAAACCACCAACUCACCACCUUCACCAUGGAACUCGAACCCGAAUCCAAGCCCGAAUCCGAAUCCGAACCCCAAAACCCACCUCAAUCUCUCUCCUCUCCACUCCCUCCACCGCCAGACCUCCCGGAAAAUCAACAACCACCCUUCAAAAAACCCAAAAUGUCCUCCACCACCGCAACCUCCGACGAAGAAACAACCGCCGGCAACAGACCCCUCCGACUAAAGCGCCGGAAAGUCGCCAUCUUCUUCGCUUAUUGUGGGGUAGGAUACCAAGGUAUGCAGAAAAACCCAGGUGCAAAAACCAUUGAAGGUGACCUUGAAGAAGCCCUGUUCUUCGCCGGCGCAAUUCCCGAAGCUGACCGCGGGUGUCCCAAACGGUUUGAUUGGGCUCGUUCUGCGAGGACUGAUAAAGGGGUUAGUGCCGUCGGUCAGGUUGUUUCGGGCAGAUUCUAUGUUGACCCACCUGGGUUUGUUGAACGAUUGAGCUCUCAUCUUCCUCCUCAGUUUAAGAUUUUUGGGUAUAAGAGGGUAACGCCUUCGUUUAAUGCUAAGAAGUUUUGUGAUAGGAGGAGGUAUGUGUAUUUGUUGCCGGUUUUCGCGCUUGAUCCUAGCUGCCACCGUGAUAGGGAGAGUGUUUUGGCUAGUUUAGGGUCUGAGAAUGAGCUUGCUAAGUGUUCUGGGUGUUCUGAGAGGGGUAGGAAGGUUAUUGGGUUGAUGGGUAAUAAGAGAGAUUGGGAGAAUGGUGGGUUUGUUCAGUCAGGCAUUUCGUCGAAUAGUUGUGAUGCAUUGUUGUUUGCUGGUGAGAAUGAGGGGACUGAUGCUGGUGCUGGUAUUUCGUCGAAUUGUAAUGAGAAUGAGAAUGUAGAGUGUAAGGAUGGUUCUGAAGUUACGAAAUCGGAGUCUUUGGUUGUGGAAGAGGAGGUGAGGGAGGAAAAGAAGAGUGAAUUUAAGUAUGGGGAAGAGGAGAGAAAGAGGUUUAAUAGAAUACUUGAGUAUUAUGAAGGAACCCAUAAUUUUCACAAUUUUACCACCAGAAUUAAGCCUGAGGAUCCAUCAGCUAAACGAUACAUCGUGUCGUUUGAAGCAAACACAACUGUUACGAUAGAUGGGAUCGAGUUUGUGAAGUGUGAAGUUAUUGGGCAGAGCUUCAUGCUUCACCAGAUACGGAAGUUGAUUGGGAUGGCUGUGUCUGUAAUGAGGGGUUUCGUUCCUGAAUCGAUUUUUGAUAGAGCAUUUGACCAGGAUUUUCGCAUUAAUGUGCCUACUGCCCCAGAGGUUGGGUUAUACUUGGAUGAAUGUUUCUUCACCUCAUAUAACAAUAAGUGGAAUAACACACACGAGGAGGUGUCGAUGAAAGAAUAUGCUGAAGAAGCCGAAGAAUUCAAAAUGAAGUACAUUUAUUCCCAUGUAGCCCAAACUGAACUUAGGGAAGGAUCUGUUGCUGUUUGGCUACAUUCCCUAAAUCAUCGUAACUACCCUGAUUUCCGCCCUUUUAGUGAUGAAGUGGAGAGAGCAGCUGACGAUGAAGUGGGGAGGUCAGCUGAUGAUCAAGUGAAGGGAGAUGCUAAUGACAAAGUGGAGAAAGCGGUCAAUGAUGAAGUGGAGGAGAGAGCAGCUGACGAUGAAGUGGGGAGGUCAGCUGAUGACCAAGUGAAGGGAGCAGCUGAUGAUCAAGUGAGGGGAGAUGCUAAUGACAAAGUGGAGAAAGCGGUUAAUGAUGAAGUGGAGAUGGCGACUAAUAAUGAUGAGGUGAAGAGAACGGCUGAGGGAGAGACCGUAAAUGUUCUUUCCUCUUAAACAGAUAUAUUGCUAUACUUUCUGAUGGGGUAAAUGAAUAACAUUUCUGGUUUCCUGUAUUGGUUUCAUAUUCUUAUAGAGCAAGGCUUUGUAGGCCUACUAGAUUAUGUGUUACGAUGGUAGGCUAGCAGCAUAGUAGGAAGAGUUGAAAUAGGGGGAGUGUUUUGAUCCCCCUGAUCCCCUCUAUUGAUCAACCACACAGAUGGAAUUGUACUUUGCGACGAAUUCUGAUACUUAUGUGUUUUAUGUUCUGUUCCUGCAAAUGAAAUGUAGUAGGAUCAUUUUCAAGA